UCGGAAAGCCAACCCAUCUUUAUCAAACCUUGUCAUGGUUUGUUCUCCUGUCAACGUUUGCUUCAAAUUGUUGAUCUUUUUCAAACAAAAACCAGACGAGCUAACGCUACACUACAGAACUCAACCCCUCGUAUUAUUUGGUUGUUGAGCUUUGAUUGAGGAAACUUAGAGGGAGACUUAUAAAUGGGAUAUUAUAUGUUUUUUUUUCCUUCUAUUUCUUAGUAUUCUUUAUUUAGGUUGAAUACACACGAAAGGCUGAUACUGGGCCAUGGCAAUCGGCAUUCUACACCCACCUUUUGUUUUUUUAAAGUUUCAAGCUUUCCUUCUCCUUUACUACAACUAUUGGGCUCACCACCUUUGCUUUUGUCCAAUUGCCCGAAAAGGAGUCCCUACAGUGUCUUUUGCAGCUUCUUCUCAGGGUUAAGUUAAAUACAUACGCUCAAGAUCGGAAAUGGGUUCUGGAAAUUGGUUUAAGACUAUAAUUAGCUUAAAGAAGGUGAAGUUCAAUGCUUCAAAACGAGUCAAGGGGUCUUCAACUGCAGCAAAAUCCAAUGGCUGCAAAGAAAAGAACUGGCAGAAGAAAGAGUCUGUUAGUAUGGCUAAUGGCUCUUUCAGUAGAAAUCAUGGAGUUCUUGCCAUCCAAGAUGAGAAUUUAGCAGCAACUCGAAUUCAAGCAGCUUUUCGGGCCUAUUUGGCAAGGAAAAUUUUCCAUCGCAUGAAAGGAACAGUUAGAUUACAGAAUGUGACCCUAAAUUAUUCUGUUAAAAAGCAAGCAGUGACUACACUGAGUUAUCUUCAUUCGUGGAGCAAAAUUCAGGCUCACAUUAGAGCUCGCCGACACUGUAUGGUAACAGAAGGACGGAUGAGACAGAAGAAAUUGGAGGAUCAACUAAAACUAGAGGCAAAGCUUCAUGACCUAGAGGUUGAAUGGUGUGGUGGCUCUGAAACAAUGGAGGAAACUCUUGCUAAAAUACAACAGAGAGAAGAAGCAGCAGUUAAGAGGGAGCGAGCUAUGGCAUAUGCCUUUUCUCAUCAGUGGAGAGCUAACUCCAGUCAGUACCUUGGGCUGAAUAACUGUGAACUUGGAAAAUCUAACUGGGGCUGGAGCUGGAAAGAAAGAUGGAUUGCUGCUCGCCCAUGGGAAAUCCGCAUCCCUGCCAAACCCAUUAGCCCAAAGAAGUUGCAGAACAAACAGGCUAGCAAUGUUGCUAAAAACAUAAAUUCACCUGCAAAGAAGCUGUCAAAACCUUUACCUGUGGCAAAACCAUCAAUUUCUACGCCCGUGAAAAAACCUUCUCCCAAGCCUUCUUUGCCCAAUGGGAAGGGGAACGCGAAAGCACGAAAAUUGUCUUACCCUCCCGCUGAGAAGCCUGCUGCUAGUAGAGUGAGUGCUGAAACUGAAGAAGAGAAGCCUGAAAGGGAAACAAUUGGUGUUGUAGUCUCCAAUCAAUGAUACGGAGAAAAAUAUGUUUGGUUUGCAGUGAAUUGCAUUGCAGAGAAGUGAGGGAAAGUCCAUUCCGUUCUUUAAUUUAUAUAGCCAUUUGAGAUUGUGUAUACGGAGUAUCAAGGAGAUUCAUAUCAUAUGCUUUUGUAAUGCGGAUUUGAAAGAAGCUGGCCAUCCUUUUCUUCUUAUUUUUUCAAUUAUCCUAUUUGUAUAAUUUAAAAAAACAUGUACUAUUUCUAAUGUAAAUAGACACAAACUUGUCGGGGCAGAUUUCAUUUCAGUGGAAUGCAACAAUUUUUUUGGUUUGGUCA